UCCAGCCAAUCGCAUCCCAGCCACUGGACUGCCCGGAACAAAGAUGGCGGAGGAGGCCUCCCUGAGGGCAGACUGAUCUGCACACCCGAGCCCUCCUCUGCCGACAGCGGAGACGGUGGUGGUAGCAGCGCGGUCCGGACCAUGGAGGAGGGCAGCAGCGGCGGCUCCGGGAGCGGUGGCAGCGAGAGCAGCGCCAGCGGGCCCGGCGGGGCGCAGCAACGGGAGCUGGAGCGCAUGGCUGAAGUCCUGGUGACCGGGGAGCAGCUACGACUCAGGCUGCACGAAGAGAAAGUCAUUAAAGAUAGGCGGCAUCAUCUCAAGACCUACCCAAAUUGUUUUGUGGCUAAAGAACUGAUUGACUGGCUGAUUGAUCACAAAGAGGCUUCUGACAGAGAGACAGCAAUUAAACUCAUGCAGAAAUUAGCAGACCGGGGCAUUAUUCAUCAUGUGUGUGAUGAACAUAAGGAGUUCAAGGAUGUGAAGCUCUUCUACCGCUUCCGGAAGGAUGACGGCACCUUCCCACUGGACACGGAGGUGAAGGCCUUCAUGAGAGGACAGAGGCUGUACGAGAAGCUGAUGAGCCCUGAAAACACACUUCUACAGCCCCGAGAAGAGGAAGGAGUCAAGUAUGAGCGUACUUUCAUGGCAUCAGAAUUCUUGGACUGGCUGGUUCAGGAAGGCGAGGCCACAACAAGGCAAGAGGCAGAACAGCUUUGCCAUCGACUUAUGGACCAUGGUAUCAUACAGCAUGUGUCCAACAAGCACCCGUUUGUGGACAGCAACCUUCUCUACCAGUUCCGAAUGAAUUUCCGUCGGAGGCGAAGACUGAUGGAGCUGCUCAAUGAGAAGUCUCCCUCCUCCCAGGAGGCCCAUGACAGUCCCUUCUGCCUGAGGAAGCAGAGCCAUGACAAUCGGAAACCCACCAGCUUUAUGUCAGUCAGCCCCAGCAAGGAGAUCAAGAUCGUGUCCGCGGUGCGGAGGAGCAGCAUGAGCAGCUGUGGCAGCAGCGGCUACUUCAGCAGCAGCCCGACCCUCAGCAGCAGCCCCCCUGUGCUCUGCAACCCCAAGUCUGUGCUGAAGAGACCCAUCACAUCUGAGGAGCUCCUGACUCCGGGGGCUCCGUACGCAAGGAAGACAUUCACGAUUGUUGGCGAUGCCGUUGGCUGGGGCUUUGUGGUGAGAGGAAGCAAGCCCUGCCACAUCCAGGCUGUGGACCCCAGCGGUCCUGCGGCGGCUGCGGGCAUGAAGGUCUGUCAGUUUGUCGUCUCCGUCAAUGGCCUCAACGUGCUGCAUGUAGAUUACCGGACGGUGAGCAAUCUGAUCCUGACUGGCCCCCGGACAAUCGUGAUGGAAGUCAUGGAGGAGCUGGAGUGCUGAGCAGCCAGACCUCCCUCCCUCCCCGCCCCUCCCACAAUGACUCCUCCCAGGAACAGCAAUGCAAGCACCAGCUUUCCUAUGCAUGGAUGGCUCUGGACACCCGGCUCUUUCCUCCACCCUCACACAUCUUUACGUUCCAUAUGCUGUUUGUAUGUGGAAGAAUUGGGUAACACAUCUUAAAAAAAAAAAAGUCCGCGUAGGAAAGCAAUAGGGAAGCAGAAUUUUCCUACAUGAUGGAAUUGCCUUACUACAUUUCUGUUUGUGGUCCUCCCCUGUUGUUUUCCUCUACAUCUACACAAAGUUGUUGAGGUGUGUUCUAACCAAAAGAGCAACCUGAUUGAAAUAUUUCUAGGGGGUCAUGCAAAGUAGUUGCUGCAGACUCCUAAAAUGAUACUUUUCAAGCUGGGCCCCGUGGUGUGUAGUUGUCACCUCAGCGAGUUAGCAGGCUGAGGCUGGAGGAUUGCUUGGGCCCUGGUGUCGGAGGCCAGUGUGGGCAACAUAGCGAGACCCCCAUCUCACAAUAAAAUGUGUACUUUCACUUAAAAGUAGUAUGGGGUUGUUGGCUAGAGGGUGAACCUGCACCUUACCUAUUUCUCUUCAAAUGAAAACAAUAUCCAUAGGAAUAUGAUCUGCUAACCAGCAUUUACAGAAGGUGGUUCUAAAGCACGCAGGUGCUUCAAAGCCAGCAGGACUUGACUUUCUUAAUUCCCUCCUUUAGUAUUGACUUCUGACUUCACAUGUGUCAGAUGUUCUGGCAUCAGGUAAAAAAUAAAAAAACAAACCAAGCUCUGCUAAUGCUGUGGGUAGCGGUAAAUAAGGAAAGACAGCGGAGAGACUGCUUGGAACUGUCUCUAUUAUCUCUUUCUGAGCCUACAUCACUUUGUCUACAAAUUAGCUUUGUCUAUAAAUCAGCUUUCUAGAAUUCAUCUUGGGUGUAUUGAAUGUGAAAACAGAAGUUUUGUAUUCACACAUAUAAAACACAAAAUCAAACCUUCUGUUAAGAUUUUACUUUGAAAGUGUUUACCUGUCUAGAAAUUCGCCUAUGUGUGAUAAAACUUAAAUUGUCUUCUUAGCCUGACUUUUCACAAGCUUUCUAAUAGAACAUGUUAAGGACAUGAUUUGCUGCUUAUUUAGGGGGAUGAUUUUUCACAGAAAUUGCCACUUUGUUUUAUAUUUUUCAUCCCAUUUGUAUAUAUGCCUAUUUGGGGUUUUGUUUUUUCUUGUUGGGUUUUCUUUGGGGGGGGGUGAAUAGAAGAAUGUAUCUGGGUUCUUGAUUUAUAGAGGAAAUUCCUCACCGUGCCAAAUUAGGGAGUCAGAAAUACUUUUGCCUCUCAUAUAAUGAAUUUUGAACAAGGAAGAAGUUACUUUCAUAUUCUGUUUUAAUGAAAUAAAACACAAGUGUUGUACCUCA